GUACAAAGUCUUGAGGACUGUUAUUGUCGCCGAGUUGAGAGCAUUGAACACACAUAACUACGCUAAAUCACAGUGGAAUGUCUCCCCAGAUAAGGUAGGUUGCAGACACCGAGGGAAGAGAACAAUGUGGAAAGCAGCAGUGUCUGUGCUGCUGCUGCUGCUGAACAUGGACAUGCAGGUGAAUGGCGCUGCAGGUGAGGCGGGGGGGUCUGUGGCAGGAGGCCCCGGGCCGGAGACGAAGCUGAAGGCAGCAGAGGCUGAAGCCGCCAACACGAUCCCUGCAAGUGACACUGCUCCAGCGGGCUUCCUGGGCAACUUGUUGGUGGUUCCCAUGGAUGGCAGUCACUGGGUGGGUAUAAAGGCAAUUGCGGAAGAAAUGGGUCGCCGUGGACACAAGGUUACCGUGGUGAUUCCAGAGAUCAGCGUACGGAUGGGACCAGGGAAACACUACGAAACUGUGACUUUUCCUGUUCCUUAUGACAAAGCACAUCUGGACUUUGUCAUGGCUGUACACAAGGACGUGCUGAGAAAAUCGACACAGUCUUUCAUCCAGAAUAUAAAGGCGAAAUAUUCUCAAAUAAUGAGAAUUACAGGGUUCAUCCACACCACGGCAGAGAGCCUACUCUUCAAUGACAGUCUGAUCUCACAUCUGGCACAGCAGAACUUUGAUGCCGUCCUCACAGACCCCAUGAUUCCCUCAGGCUCGUUAAUAGCUCGGAAAUUAGGUCUCCCAACCAUAAACUUACUGCGGGGAAUCCCAUGUUCCUUGGAUAUGAAGUCUGCAGGCUGCCCCUCUCCACCUUCUUAUGUGCCCCGAUUCCUCACCAAAUACUCGCAUGUAAUGAACUUCAAGGAGAGAACCGUCAACACUUUGGUGGCUUUACUGGAGCCGCUGCUAUGCCGACUGAUGUACUGGUACUUUGAUCAAAUAGCCUAUCGGUUCCUGGGAGAAGAGGUUGGUGUGGCUGAGGUUCUGUCAGAGUCUGCCAUCUGGCUUCUGAGGAUGGACUUCACACUGGAGUUCCCCCGGCCCAUCAUGCCAAACGUGGUGCUAGUUGGCGGAAUCAAUUGCAACGUGAGAAAUCCUCUGCCUGAGGAUCUGGAGUCCUGGCUGUCAGGGGAACAUGGGUUUGUAGUGUUCACUCUGGGCACCAUGGUGUCAGACCUGCCAGAGGAGAUAACCUCUGUCUUACUAGAAGCCUUCCGGCAGAUUCCACAGAAGGUAAUAUGGAGGUACACUGGAAAGGUUCCUGACAGGGUCCCGGAAAAUGUGAAGUUUAUGACCUGGGUGCCUCAGAAUGACCUUUUAGCACAUUCUGGAGCUCGGGCCUUCAUCACGCACGCUGGCUCGCACGGUCUCUUUGAGGGUCUGUGUCAUGCUGUCCCCAUGCUGAUGAUGCCACUCGGGGGGGACCAGCCUGACAACGCGGAGAGGUUGGCAAGUAGAAACGCUGGACUGGUGCUGGAUAUUACGACCAUCUCUACAGAAAGCCUUCUUCAGGGACUCAACGCGGUCAUCAACGACACAAGGUAUAAAGAGAACAUGAAGAAGCUGUCGGCUCUCCAUAAAGACCGGCCAGUUGACCCACUCGACCUCUCGGUGUACUGGACAGAGCAUGUGAUGCGGCACAAAGGGGCGAAGCAUCUCAGAUGGGCUGGACGCGGCCUCAACGUGCUCCAGUACUUCAGCCUGGAUGUGAUCGCACUGCUGGCUACUGUAGUGCUGGUUUUUGUAAUACUGUUGGUAAAAUGCUUGAAACUAUUCAUCAGGAAAGUGGGCAGGAAGAGGAAGCAGGAAUGACCCGGUGCCACAUUUUAACCUCCCAUGGUCGUCGUGCAAAUUUAAGUUGGUUGCGGUUUAGAGAUGCAACAGGAUGUACACAGAAUAAGGGAAACAAUGGGGGGAAAUCACAGAAACAUUUAAUGAGCAGAAAUACAGGAUAUUAUUAUACUCUGGGACGAGCAUUAGUGACCCCCCUUCUUGGGUGGAAACAGGGCGUACUCGACCGCCAGAGCGACGGUAAAGGCUGCAAAGCCCCACUUGAAGCCUUUCAGCAGCACAUCCGACAGAGUCACAGCGCGGGCGAAGCCUCCGGAGUAUCUCCACGUCUCGUUGCUGCAGAGAGGAAGUCAGGAAUAAGAAUGACUUAAAUAUCAGCAUGGUCUGGUGUAGAUAGAACCACUGACCGGGCCCACGGAUCCUUGAGGCCUCUGGCUGCCAGCCGCUGCUUUGUGAACUCCAUCGGCGUUCCCUCCACCUUCCACUGCCGCCAGUCCGGCAUGGACAUCUUGUUGUGGCCGUGGUCACCUCCCAUGCUGAAAACAGGAUGACCUCCCUCAUAUUAGGAUGACCUUUCAAUCCAGGUGUCAACAUAAUUACCUCCGAUGUUCAAGUGGAAAUGAGUUUCUACUUUUGUUUUUGUUCAGGAAUGAACAUGUAACUUUCAAAUGUAUUUGAAUGUAAAGGGUCAAAGCUGCAGUUCAUUUCUGCUAUGGAAAUGUAUUAAUCUUAUCAUCCAUAAACAUCUAAAAAAACUUCAUCGUGCAUUUCAAUCUUUGUUGUACAAGCAGGUGCAUGAGACCUGUGAAUGUGAGAAUCGUAUCAUCUGAGGGCAGCAAAGUAUUCUUCUAUAAUAAAAGUGUCACGUUUCAUUCAACC